UGACGAGUGCCAACAAGGUGCGCAGCUAUGUUGUGUUGGCCGCGUGAGACUGUGGUUGCUUGGUUGUUUGUUUGCCAGCUCUGCCAGUGACUGAUUGACGGGGGCGUGGGUGUGGGGGCCUCCUUCUGCCCGCCUGGUCACACUUUUACAUUCCCAAGGUUGCACCUUGGACACGUCUGGAAGGGACUAAGUCGGAACCAUGCGCGGCGGGGGUUGACAACGGCAGUGUGGAUGAAAUGUGGCAAGACACAACACUAGCUUGGCUCUGGCCUUGUCAAAAACCCUUCGAGGCUCAAGGUUCUUCUUCUUCUUUGGUUCACCUCAAAGAGAGAGAUGGAGAUAGAGAUAGAUGCUUCUCUAUGUGCGGAACCAAUCGCCCUGCUGACGGCUGUGAUGGGGCCGUAUCGCAUUGAUUGUG